AAUGUUUGGCGCCUCAUAGCCCCCACACUGAUUGGUGGAAUGGUGCCAUGGCGCAAACCAUAUCUAGCUUGAUCUUUUAUGAAUGUUUGGGUGAAUAUCCUAUAAUUCUAAGAGUUUGUGAAGAUAUCAUUUACAAGGUGAGUGGAAGUGUCUAAAUAUAGGCAAUGGCCCUUAAAAGGUUAAGAUAAAGAUUCAAUACUUACAUAAAAAUUUCCCCAUUUCUCCCAAUUGUAUUUUGGAAAAUCUGAAUCUUAAGGCCAGUAACAUAAACUACAGUGAGAUGGAAAAUUUAAUUAUUGCAACCCAACUGCACUGUGUUUGCAUCCUCAUCUUCUGCGAACACAGGAAAAAGUUAAUGACUAAGGGUCUAUUCACUGCGGAGUCCAGAAAGGGUCAAGUCUAGAAAUACAUUUAGAGGUCAGGGAAAUCUGUUCCUUGAGUUUAGAUCACAUGCACACAUCUGCAGUUAGAUUGGUGUCUGUGAUCAGCCAGUUGUGUGUAAAUCUCCACAUGGAAAUAGAAAUAAACAUAAAAACCAGAUGUAAACUAAGGGUUAGGGGGUGUUGAUACAUUCCUGUUAUAUUCAGGGUCAAAUGUGUGUUUUUUUCACCUCAGUCUCGAGAAUGUUGUGGAAGAAUUUAAUGUUAAAAGGUAUAUUUUUACAAUUGUUCAAUAAUUGUUUUCCUUUGAUGACUUUGUAGAUACUUCCCGAGGUCUUGCCUCACUCCCAGUUCCACAUUUUGGGUUUUUUCAUAAAAAGUUUUUCCAUUGCAAGAGGGUCUGUGACCCCAAAGGGGUCCCCACAGUUUCGUCUGUGAGGUAACCAAGAUUAUAUUUGUAAAAUUACAUUAAUACAUGCCAAUAACACACCCACAUGUGUAAGAUAUUUAACCCUAUGUCUGUAUAAAGUUAAUAACAAAUCACCUUUUGUGUGUGCAUGUUGGUAGGAGUUGGUGUUGGGGGUCCUGGCUUGUCUUGGAAACAGGAAUAGAGGUUCUCAGGGAACAGGAGUAGGAACCACAGCUCUAACAGAAUGAUUUGUGCCAGCACUCAGAAAGUCAGACCUCAGAUUUUAUCCAGGAUUUUGUUCAAGGAUUAGAAGAAGAAAAAGAAGAAAACAUCAUUUCUAUAGCGCCUCUCAAGAUAAAAAUCAUGAGGCGCUUAACAGAAACAAAAAUUUCAAAUAUAAAAAGAAAUUUGAAAAUGAUUAAAAUAUGUUUAAAAUUAGCAAAAAUAGACAAUUGCGAUUACAAAUGUAAAGAAAGAGAGAGAGUGAAUAGGAAAGAGGGAAAUCAGUGGAUCCCGAGGAAGGUGGAAUAGGUGGGGAGAGCAGAAUAAGGAGAGGGUGAUGAAGGUCACACCAAAAGCCAACUUGAACAAGUGAGUUUUCAGCUGCUUUUUAAAGGAGACCACUGAGUCCACUAAUCUCAGGCUCAGGGGGAGAGAGGUCCAGAGUCUGGAGGCCACAGCAGCAAAUGAUCCAUCACCUUUGGUCUUUAGCCUGGUGCGCUGCACAACCAGUAGGCUUUGAUCACUGGACCUCAGGGACCUGCUGGGGUUGCAGGGACUGAGAAGAUCACCAAUGUAAGAUAGUGCUUGUCCAUGUAAGGCCCUAUAGACCAGAACCAGGAUCUUGAAAUGAACCCUGAAGUUGACUGGCAGCCAAUGAAGCUGGAGGAGAAGCGGAGUGAUGUGGGUGUGUUUGGAGGACUUGGUCAGAAGCCGAGCACAGGCAUUCUGUCCACCUGUAGACGGUUCAGGGAGGUUCUGCUCAGACACGUGAAAAGAGAGUUACAGUAGUCUAAGCAUGAGGAGAUGAAGGUGUGGAUAACUGUCUCAAGUUCAGAGCGGGACAGAAUGGGACUCAGCUUAGCAAUGUUCCUGAGAUGGAAGACGGAAGAGCGAACAAGAGAACUGACAUGAGAAUCCAAGGUGAGAGCUGGGUCAAAGGUCACACCAAGAUUCCUGACAGAAGGUUUGGUGUGAGAAGCAAGCUGACCAAGAGAGUCUCUGACUUUGGGAACCAGCUUGUCUGGGGCACAGAUGAGGAUCUCAGUCUUAUCUUCAUUCAGCUGUAGAAAGCUCCCAGCCAUCCAGAUUUUGAUAGAGUCUAAGCAGGUGUGUAACAGCUGCAGCUUAGACAUCUCAUGGGGCUUAAAGGAGAUGUACAGUUGGAUGUCAUCUGCGUAAAGGUUGUGUUUGUUUGUAGCAGCUAUUGAAAGUAGUUAAUCAAGUAAUUUCUAAUCUAACUUGGUUACGUUUGACAUACAGUAAUCAAUGAAGUAACUUAGUUACUUUUGAAUGGAGCAAUCAGUAGUCAGUAAUCAAACUACUAUUUCAAGUUAACAAUGGCAACACUGCCCCCAACAAAAAUGCUCCAUAAAAUAUAAUAAUUUACCAUCCCUAGUACUCUGAAAUCGGCUAUUUUAUUUGUAAAAGCUACAAUAACGUCACAUGACCAAAUGUCACUACUGUAGUCCUUGUGUUUCGAUGUAAAAUUUAACCAAAUAUAACACUUCUUGUUUCAUACAUUUCUUCAAUGUUUGCUGAUUGCUGUGAUUUAUGUUUUCGUCAGUGUUUAGCUGGGUGACAAAAUGAAGUUUUUAACUCGAUCAUCAAACACCUACACGCAGACACACAAGAACUCGGCUGAUGGGGUGGCAUGAGCCUGUAAUAAGAUCAAUAAGGCAUCGCUCGGUGGUGUGUUCUGGUUUCUGGGAGCAUUGAUGAGGCCCCUGAUGUGCUGACUGGGAACAAUUAGUAUCAGUAAGAAGCACUAACAGGGCUUUGAGUGAUGACGGUUGUGACUGGAUGUCUGAAUUCAUGUGUGCAAGUGUGGGUGGGUGAGUCAUCAUCAUCCAGACACAGGAGUCCCAUCCCUCUGCUCUCGCUCACACACUCAGCCAUGUACUCUUCUAUAAACACACACACACACACACACACACACACACACACACACACACACACACACACACACACACACACACACACACACACACACACACACACAAACCUGGCAGAUACAGAAAGAUUAGCCAAAUCCAUCUGGCAGGUUCACUCUGCUGAGCAAGUAAAUGGUCAUCCUUGGUCCAAAUGAACUUGCCUGUGCAGAAAACCAGCUCUCAUUUGUGCAGUAAAAUAAAAAAUCAACAAAAACAUGGCAUAGCAGAACAAAACAAACACGACCUGAUGAUAAUUAUUGGAACAAAAUCCUUGAAAACUGAGUCACAGAAAACAGGUCAGCUGUGAGACUAAAGAAUGUUCCGUUGUUAGUAGGUUUGAAUGUGAAAAAUGUGCUAAAUGUUAUGCAGCUCCACUACAUCUUACAUUUGUUGAAAAUGUAAUUGCACAAGAAGCCUGUUUUUGUAGCUUCUAGUAACAUCUGCAGCAGAAUCUUAAGUCUGACCUGUGGUUGAACUUCAUGGGGUGUCAGCUACUGGAAAGAUUAAUGAUAAAUAAAUAGACCAUGUUUAUUUUUUGUGCCUUUUUAACCUCGUCUAGAUUUCUCUUUACAAAGAGUUUCUAUUUCACCAGCUCAUGCAGUCAUACUCUUUUGUUUGAUAUAUGUGUACACUGUAUGCAAAUCUUUGCAUUCAUGUGCUGAUUAUUUACACUGUAAAAAGUAGCUGUGAUUUAUUUGCAAAUAUGUAAUGUCAGCUGGAUGCCAGUAUCUUUUAUAGUAAAGUUACAAUACUUUGUCUCAUAUUCAGUGACUUACUUAAGUAAAUUAAGUCUUAUUAUAGUAGUUUUACUAAAUUUUAAAAAGUAUAGUGACUCAUUUUUACAGCUGAAUGAGUCUAAGUUUUCAACAUAUAGCAGGGUCCUCAACUAAAUUUGUUCAAGGGUCGAAGUUUUCUUUUCCAGCAGACAACGUGAGGGCCAAAUGCUCUUCUAAAAAAAGUUUAAUUAGUAUUGUAUCUUAAGUUAUUAAUAUUUAAAACAGCUUUGUUUUCCCUCUAAACCGUUUUGAUUGUGGUUUUAGUUGUGGCUGGAGAACGUAAACAUUUAUUGAACAUGAAUUUUGCUGCUGAACUUCAAAGUCCCCCAAUCGGGGGGCGUUGGGCCCAAAGGGGCCAGGUGGAAAGGUCUGGCAGGUUGGAUGUGGCCCAAGGGCCACCAGUUAAAGUUCACUGACAUAGAGUAUGACUGUAUUUAUUGCAUAACAUUAUUUUUUAUUGUGCUUUUUUUUACUGUAUUUAUUUUUUUAUUUUCUUCUAAAGGUUUUAGAAUUUUCAGUAAAUAUAAUAUUAUUUAAAAUAUAAUAAUAUAAUGUAAUAAUAGAAACUGUUAAGUAUUAGUAAACAACAAAAUAAAUUGUACUAACAUUGACAUGAAGCUAUGUCUUGGACAAAGCCACAUAUUUUGACAUCGGAGUGCCACAUGGCUGGGAACUAAGCCCCUGCAUUUCUAACUGAAUGGCAUCUUUCUACACUUUUUACUUCUGCAUUAACAUUACUGAGAAGCUCUUUUCAACUCACAAACUUUCUUUUUAAAUGAAAAAAAAAAACUGAGACAGAAAAUGUAAACGUAAAAUCAUUUUGACACAAACUAGAGGCUUUUUUAGCUUAGAAAAAAUGUACAAUUUUUUAAUACAUCUCUACAACAAAAAUAUAACUUAUUACUUGUCAUUGCAUUAUGAACUGUAUGGACAUAAUAUAGAUGUAUUGGACAUAAUAUGCUGCAUCAUUCUUCUAGAUAUUAGAUCACUAAUAGGCAAUUUUCCUUUUAUUACAAUGAACAUGAAAUAAACUCAAUACUUUUACCAUUUUUUUCUCAUAUUUAAAACUCAGUCAGCAUCGUAGAUAAAAAACCUUGUUUUAAUUGACAACGUGUGUGUGAGCAGGAUUAAUCUCUUUGUGUGUUGUGUUUUCUACCUCAGCUGUGGUCUAGUUAGAACAGUUGCUAACUGGCUGGGGUUCUGGUUGGUCUCGCUGUGUCCUUUUUUUUCCAGUACUAGCGUGGUUGAGUCGUGACACGGAGCAUGUGUGCCUCUCUGUUCACCCGUAUGUGCCCGAGAUUCUGCAGGAGCUAUGAAAGCUCGUGUAAAGAUGGACAAAAACAGUUAUUUAUGAAAGUCUACUUGUCUGAAACAGAACAGCACCAAAUCAACAUGAAGUAAUGUAGCUGAUUGGGGAAAAUUGUGGAGUGUCAUGUAUAAAAUUAUUUUUUUCUGUUUUUAUUUUCUUUCUGUUUAAUGAUGCCAAAGUAAAACAUGUGUAACAGGAUUGUGCUAAGGUCUUGAGUCACCCUUCAUGACUGGACACUUUCUUCCAAGCAAUCAGAAGUUCUUGUCAUCUUUUAAAAUUGUCUUCAGGGUUUUUCCUGCGUUCAAAUUUGCGUGGCGGCCGCCUCCAGCUAUUUUUGUGCCGCCCCAGUCUGACUUCACUCCGCCCCCAGCUAAAUGGAUGUUAUUUUAACUGCAGUUGUAGCAUUGCGCCACAAUGGGGGCGCUGUAUCAGCAGCAGUGCACCAAGAAGUGCUAAAACCACUGCAGAAAAAGAAGAUCAAAAACUGAUUUUCUCGCUAGUUGGUGCAUAUCUAUGGUUGGUGCUAUUGUAGUGUCCACUUUUCACUCUGUCCGGGGGGGAAGGGGUUUCCUACAUUGAUCAAAAUGUCCGGUUUUUCAUCCAGGAGCAGGGAUCGAAUAAUGGGGGCUAGAUAUUUUUCAGGGAAAGAUCCAGUUUCUGCCAGUAUUACAAUAUUUAUGGACUCUCAGCGUAGCGGGAUUCUGUUGAGAGUGGCUGACGCAGAGUGCUGAUCGUUGGUGCGCCCCCUGCAUCCGGCGCACGAUACAUUCUCAAGGUGGCGCAGCAAAACAUUAUUAUUAACACAUGACCGUUCAUAUCUGUUUAUAUCCUCUGGUAUUCUGUCUUUUAAUCGUUCCUGACGCGCUCUGCUCAUCGUGUGCUGCGGUGAUUUCACCUCACUGACGCAGCAUCGAAACGCACACUCUGCUUUGUGGUCAGGAGAACCCUUUGAUCUGCUCAAAAGUAACUGAUGAGGUGAAAAGGUAAGAAUCUAGGCAGCAGUUUUUCUGGAGAGUUUAGAGGAGAUGCAGGAAGAUGAGAGACAGACAGGACAGGAAAAUGGUUAAAUAAAAACAAGAAAACAAAGCUUGAAAGUAAAAUGUAGGUAGAUUUAUGUCCACUACAUGUUUUUACCUGUAUAAAACAAUAAGUUAUAUUAUAUACAUGUAAUAUUUAUACAUCUGAUACAAUUCAGAUCACCUUCAAAACUCAGUCACACACCCAGAGCCGUUUCAAGGCAUUUUGGGGGCCAAGGCAAAACAGAACACCCCCCUAACCCGUACAUAAUAGACAUGCAAUCAUUACAUUGUUAACAGCAGAAAUUAAAUGUUAUUACCAUUUCCAAUACAAAUGCAUGUUAAUGAAAUGCAUUAUAUUUUACUGGAUAUAUUUCUGUGUUAUUUUGACUAAGAUGAGUGUUAUUAAUACAAACCUAAAAUGUUACUGAAAUGUAGGUCAAAUAUUUAAAAAUAUUUUUAACUAUAAAUAUCAGAAAAAGGGAACUUAAUACUAAUCUAAUGUAUAUUAUUGAGCCUUUGAUGAUAUUUAGCCUUUAAAAAAGGGAGGCAGUUGAAUGCACAGAGUGUGCAUGUGCUUGCGCAUGGUCAGGAUGCUACCGCCUCCGCCUCAAUUUGAGCCAGGAAAAAUCCUGGUCUUGAUCAACAGUUUUUCGGAUUUUUUAAAGUUUUUCUUUAAACAGAUUUUUUUUUACUCGUCUUCAUUCCUUACACUUGAUGGAUAUAAGUCUGUUGGCUUUUUCCUGUCAACAAGAGGAGCUCCCCCUGCAGAUUGAAGUGUGUUGAUGCAUGUGUUCAUCCUGUCACGAGACACAGGAGGUUAUGACUUUUUUGUAAUCUCAAGUGAGAUCCUGUUAGCGGCAUUAUAGUUACAUCUAAAGGGAAAUUUACGCAGUGAUUCAAAAUGCUUUGUUAUUGCAUUUUUAAAUGAGAAGAUUUGAUCAUCGUACAUAAAAGCAGGGUUGCAUUUGAUUCAGCUGUGUUGCUUUUAUAGCACACAGGCUUGCUUCAGUCCCUGGGCGCUCACAUUAAACACAGAUCCACUGAAUUAGACAGAUUAUUUUAUCUGCCAUUCAAGAUGCAAAGUCAUCUCCAGUGGACGAUGGUAACACUGUCAGGUCGUUCUCUUUUUGAUGGCAUCAGCCUACGAACAAGACUCAGACACACUCACGAAUACACACACACAUUAGGCCCGCUGUUCCACGAUUAAUGUAAAUACGUUUUCUUUUAGAAUAUGUCUUCAAUUAUCAAAUCUAAUAAAUAAUGGCUGUUAUACAGUUGUCCAGUCCUUACAACCAUUUUAAGACUUUUGGGGUAUUUUCCAAUUCUUAGAACUACAUUCAUAGUAGGCACUGUUUUGGCUAAUAGGAACUCUUGAGUGACGUAAUGUUGUAAUUUGUCUGUACACAAGUGAACAUUGGCUUGUCCAGUACUAAUAAAACUCCAUUUGCAUGAUUAAUUAAAGUAGAAGCCCUGUAACUGUUGCUGCUGUGACGUGUUUCUUACUUUGAAUGUGUGCAUCAUGAAUUGGUCCUGGUACUCUUUUGUUUGUGAUGCUUGUUUUAGCUCCACUGAAGUGAAAUUCAAAGACCCACAACACACAGUAACAGCACCCAUAGAGUAUGUUGAUAUUUUAAUAUUUAUAUUAAAUAUUUUCUUUAUUAGCAUUUGCAUUAUGUAAGAUUUCUAGAAAAGCAUCACUACAUUUGAAAUGAGAAGUAUUUCAGUUGGAAUUGUUCUUUCAACUGGAUGUUUGAUAAAUAAGCUGUAGAAAAUGUUACCGUUUAUAAUGUCGAUUAUGGUUUCCCUAUUUAACGUAUCCCUGUAUAUUCUGCAUCCUCUUUAGCAUUUUAACAUGUUCUUUAACUCUUCCUUUCACCCAAAUCUGCUCAUUCUCUGCAAUGUACUGAUGAUUUGUUUACACUCAAAAGGCCAUCAACAUGUCUGCACUCAUCCUAAAGUGCAACGCAAAAUCACGUGUGCUCAUGAGCCCUAUUAUUUGAAUUUUUGAAUUCAAAUAUGACUUAAGCUGUAAGUCAUAAUCAUCAAAAUCAUAAAGGCUUGAAAUAUCUGGCUUUGCAUGUCUAUGUUAUAGAUUAGUUUCACCUUAUAUUACCUUAACCAACCUUAUUUUAUUUAAAUUUCACCAAAUUGCUGACGUAAAUAAACUUUUGCACCACAUUCUAACUUCUCGAGUUUCGCCUGUACUUACAGAUGUGAUCAACACUAAAGCAUUCAUUAAAGAAAGAGAAAAGACUAAAUCUGAACCCACACAACAAUCGUUGGUAGUCAGCAGCAUCAGCACUGGGAUUUGAAUUUUCAGGUCCUCGUGGCUCCACCAGCUGUUAGCAAAAUAAAAAGUAGGUCAUGGCUGUGCACUUUACACUACUGUUGUCUCAUCGCAGGAUUUAUGUUGUGUCUUUAAGUGUCAAUUCAGCUCAUGCUUUACCUCUGGGUGGCACUCAAGCUGUCACUGGCUACAUCUUUAAAGGAACACUGUGGUGGCUUUAGAGACGCAUUUCAGCCGCUCAUUUUAUUAGUCAAGGCAGUUAAUUGCAAUUUACUGCUGUGUGAUCACUACAGAUGAGUCUGAUGUUUUGUUGUUCAUCACAUAAUCAUUAGGAAGCAGUUACAUAUUUAAAGAAAGGCUCAUACAGUCUUAAAUCUGAGUGUAAUUAUUUUCUUUUAAAAGUAAAAUUAAAAAUAAUUGUUGACAAGGCAGAGACAAGGCUGGUUAGUGAGCAGUAAGCAGGGUUAUAUGUAGAUCAGCCCUGCAGCACUAUGGGGUGAAAUGUCCUUUUCUGUUUCUUCAUAAAUGCACUUGUUUUAUUUAUAGAUGGGUUAAUGGAUGGAGGGAUGGAGGAGAAUCAGAGGGCUUCUACAUUCAAACAUUCCUUUUGUAUUGUGAGGUGUGUUUGAUUAGCCUUUGUUUGUUUGUUAGAUCCUGUCUCCAGAAAACACCCCAACCUUAUUACAGGAAAACUCUGAUCAGUGCUAAUGAAUGUGAAAGGGCAGAGCUUGUUUCUUCUAAAUGAAUAAGGUUUUUGAAGAAAACAAUUAAAUUGAAUGGAUAGUGGACCAAAAAAGAAAGGAAGUCAUUCAGUUAUAUUGUAUUUCUGUGUGAAUACGCUGUUAUAAAGCUACAGAAACACAAAUUGCUGCUUAAGAGGUCACACACUUUUAUUUUUUAGGGUUUAUGCUGGAGGAUUUAACUGAUGUUUUUUCGUCUGAUUUUAAUGAUUUAUCUAAAGUCUGACAGCUAAGCCUGACAGUAUUAAUAUAUAUAUUUUUAAUGAAGUCAUACGAAUGCUCCCUAAGGGACUCUGAACAUUUAAAAAGUUCAAAAAAUAAACAAAGAACUUUGAAUUUGAUAAUUAAACAUCGUGCACAUGCGUGUGUGUGUGUGUGUGUGUGUGUGUGUGUGUGUGUGUGUGUGUGUGUGUGUGUGUGGCUACAAACCACCAUCAUAAAUCUGGGUGCAGAUAAAAACCCAGGCUGAAUUAAUACUAAAGGCAAUUAAUGAUACAAUGAACAACAGCUGAGUCGCAAUUAGCUGAGGUGAACUAGGUGUGAAACAUCAAAGGAACUACCAAAAUAAAACAGGAAGUCAGUUAAAGCAGAACAAGAAAAUAGGUCACAGAUUAAAACCAGAUGGAAGCAAACGAACCACCGUACAGCAAAAAAGAAUUAAACCCAGAAGGAACUCUGGCUAUGAGGACAUGUAUACCCUAAUAAGCCACAAGUUUUCUGUUGUACCAAACUGUUGUUAGAAACACACAAAAUAUUGCUGUUUAUUUAUAAAUCUGUAAUAUUUAGUACAUUUUUGACAUACGUACGACGCCAUGUUUUCCGCACGCAAUGCACUCUGGGGGCGAUGAUGUAUGUUGGUUGCACUUGGAAGAAUAGCUAUUGAAGCUAGAGUUUGUUUACGAACUCACCGUAUUAAUAAUUAAGUAAAAUGCUGCAUUGUGCUGCUUUUGGAUGUAAUUUCCAAUUCAAAAGGCAACAAGGGAGUGAUGUGAUUUUACACAGCUUUCCCACUGGCAAGAAGAGGAGAAAGCAGUGGAGGAUGCCUGUGGAUGGACACAACUUCCCAAAGAUCUGCGGCUGUGUUCCCAACAUUUUUCUCCUGAUGCGUUUGAGGCUUACAGUCGAACUACUUAAAGAGCUCACCAGAGCGACUGGGUAUAAGAGAAGGCGGAAACUAAAUGCUUUACUGACCAUUUUCCCACACAAGGAGUCUAAACGCCCUCUGAGAGACGAGACGCUGGACGCUCUCCUGAGCCGACAACCCGCUCCUGCAGCUGCCGCUUCUGUCACAUUCAGCAAACCAUCAGACACGCCACUCGUCAUGGAUGAAGCUGAACAUUCACCUUUCCUGUCAGUAAAACAAGCAGUAAGUGUAGCAAUACAGUUUUCUCCAACUAUAUAAUAUCUGCAAAAAUGAUUAAAGUAGUUUCACUGAAUAUCCUAAUCAUCUAUAAAGCACACGACUGCUCUAGAUGCUAAUAUUCUCCUAAAUAAUUCAUAAAUGAAUAAGUUUGAUCACACGAUAGCUUACCGUUAACUUCUGCUGACAAAUGUGAGCACUCUCCCUCACAGUUACCAUGAAGACACAUUUGCCGCACACGCACCACUGGUUUUGUCCUACUCUCGCUUCAUUCCGCCCUUCUUGCUCUUCAUUUUGAUGCUCGGUUUGUGAAACAUCGUCAGUGAUGUCCUCAUAAUGUUUCACUCUGGUUCAAGUUGAAAAGGCUGAACAGAUGACAUGUUGACAUCGCUGAACAGUCACUAAAGCACAUAUGUCAGAGUCAAGGCCCGCGGGCCACAUCUGGCCCGCGGAGCAUUUUUAUGUGGCCCGCGAGAUAAAUAUCAAAAAUAUAUUAAAACUGGCCCGCUGGCCGAUUUUACCGCAAAUACUUCAACUCCCAUGAUGCUUUGCGGCGUCAGCGCGGAGCCGACGAAGCCCCCUCCUUUGUGUUUUUCCAGCGCCUGCUGCCGGUGUCUGCAGCUCCUCUGUCUCGGACAAACUACACUCCUCUCACCCAGCGCCGAGUUCACUCAGCUAUUUUCUGACGUUGAAGCCCAGAAACGGAGAUUCUAGCCGCUCAGUAAUGUGUUCACGACUGAAAGAGAAAGUUUUCCAACUAACGUCCAGACAGAGCCGAUAUAACUCCAGCGAGCAGCGACACGCUCAAACCAGCACGACUCUGUGGUUGUGUUUCCUCCCCGACACACAACAACGUGGUCAAGCUGCUCAUGUUCAUCAGCACAAACCUAUGUGAGCACCUGUUGUCAUCUAAUGUUGUCAUUAUUAUGAUGAAGAUGAACAAAACAACAGGAGUCUCCUCCUCAGCUCAGAUCAACAUGAUGCAGGUAUCUGGCUGGAACAGGUGAGCAUCACAGUAAACCAGUGGAGCAAACUGAGCUUUAAAUAUGUUGGUUUUCUGCUCUUUUUCUGCUCCAAAACAUGAAAGUUAACAGGUGAGAUGUUGCAUUUUCAUUUAAGAUAAAAUUAUAUUUUUAUUUUGUUGUUGGCCCGUGAGAAAAGAUUUAACCUACAGUAAACAGGAAGUGGAAAGGCUGCAGAUAGAUGAAUAGAAUAGAAAAUCCCUUUAUUGUUCCUCAGUGGGGAAAGCUAGACGUCACAGCAGCGAUGACACUUAUUACAGGAGGAAAAAAGGAGAAUAAAAAUAAGAAAAAUGAUAAAACAAGAAAACAUAAAUCCUGAAUAUAUUUUAAAAAUGCUGAAUAUACCACAAGUAAUGAAUACCACUGAUGCCUUUUAUUUAAAACUGACUUGCUUGUGUGUAAGUUGGUUAUUCCACAUUCAGUGUUAAUGCAGAAAUAAGUUUGUUUCUAAAUUUAAAGGUUCAAAAUUGCAUAUAUAUUGAUAAAGAAAAUGUGCAAAUUUGCUGUCACUUUUUCAAAAAUAUUAAGUUUGGCCCUCGACUCCGUCCCAGAGUUUCAUUUCGGCCCCUUGUGAGUUUGAGUUUGACACCCCUGCACUAAAGGAUCCCAAAGCUGGCCAGUGCAACCGAGGUACAACCAAAUCACGUCACUACCCAGAGUGCAGUGCGGCGCUAACAACAAUAGCGACAUACGAGUUAAACUAUUUUUACAAAUUUUAUAAAAAUGAAGACAUUAAGAAGGUUUUUUUACACCACUUUAAUAAAACUGAUACUAACAUUUAUAUUUUAAGAACCACAAGGUUUUGUAACCUGGGUUCCUUUUAAGAACCAUGGAAAAUAGACAUCGGUGGAUAUUUUUCACCACUUUUAUUUUAGUUUGCCAUCAAGCUUUUGCAUUUUCAAAAAAACCAAAAACCACUUUUCCACUUUUCCAAAAGUCCUUUUUUCUCUGCAGCUGCAUCUCACGCCAUCAAAUAACUGACUCAAUAAAACUCCAAACAGACUUUUAAUGAGUCACUAGACAUCUCAGCUUCCUUAUGGACAAAGGACUUUUCCAAUAAUACAUCUCACUCUCUGCUUGGUUGUCAUGCAUCUGCUGCGAUCACAGGAAACACUUGACAAGUAGUAGGCGUAGAGUCACGGCAGCCUACAACUACUUUAUGGUCCGUGGAUGAGCCUCUUUGAUCUUUGUCCUGCUGUAUCCUGGUGACCGAGUAUUUUCGAUACAUGUGAUUAGCAAUCACAGCUGGCUUUGGCAUGCUUGUCACUACUGAUCACUUGCAAUUGGCGGAUGCAGAGGCAGGGGCGGGUGAAAAGACAGAGGGAGGUUCAUGAAGCAGCAGAGGAGAGGAGAGAAGAGGAGAGGAUCAUUACAUGUUAGCUGCUUUGAUUUCCGACUUUGAAGUGCUGCCUAAUGAGGAGGGUUUAAGACGGCACACGUCUACGGGAAUCUGUUGAGCAGCUCAAAAACCAACAAUGCAGAGGAGGAACUCAGCUAGUAUCAUGGGACGGCAUCAGGACAAUGCACACCUUCUGAAACAGGUUCAGACGCCGGGCACCAGUGUGGUAGUGGACAUCGCAGUGAUGGGUGAGGCCCACGGCCUGAUCUCAGAUCUGCUGGCUGACCCCUCCCUGCCUCCCAACACCUGUAGCUCUUUAAAGGCAGUCAGCAACCUCCUCAGCACCCAAAUCAACCUGCAGCCGCUGCAUCGACCUCGCAUCCCCACGGACACACACACCUGCUCCGACUCAGAGGAGGGGCCGGAGAAAACGGAGAGACUGGCUAUUCCCAAGUGUCUGAGAAGAAGUUUGCCCCCAGGAUUGCUGAGGAGACUUUCAUCAACCUGGACCACAACCACCUCAGCGACAGGUCUGCCCACCAUCGAGCCAGGACCUGUACGCAGAGAUCGCUCCGCCAGCAUCAGGCUCACUCCAGACAGCAGUGAUUCAUGGAACAACUCACUGAUGAUGACCAUCUCAAAGAGCCGCUCCAUGUCCGCCUCUUGUACUGCCUCUGGCACUUCCAACCACCUGUACAGCAAACCACUCGGAAGACCAGGCUUUCCCCCUUCCAACAUAUCACCUCUGGGCUCUCCAUGCCCAUCUCCUCCCAUCCAGGGAAGCCCCGUCUCCAGUCCCACGAUAAAGAUGUGUUCAGCGCAGCAUCCUGAGCCGCCUGGGCCGCUGAUAGAGCAGCCACCUGACUCUGUGGCCCCCAAGAGCCAUCACAGAGCCUUAACUCACAGCCAGAGCGCCCCAAGCUCCACCACCAUUCACUGGCGGCCUCCAUCACUAUGCAGCAGUUGUGGCAGGCCGUUCAACAAUCGGUUAAACAAUGGAAUUGAAUCUGGCAGUAAAGGAGACAGACUACCCCACUCAGAUGAGCGUGCAGUAGCAUCAUCAGACUAUGACAGCACCUACGACAGCACCUAUGAGACCAACCACAGUGACAGCAGCGACUUUGCACAAAACGAUGAAGAGGGUGAAGGCGGCAAGAAGCCGCCUGAAGUCAGGGACGGUUGCAGAGACUAUCCAGCAGAGGGGGUUGUUCUUCACUCUCUUCAGGCCUCUCCAGAGCCUUUCCUGUUUCUUGAUGCCUCCACCUGCCAGAAAAAGCCUAUCUCUGACCUGGAGAGUCCAGUGAUGCCAGGACUGGAGUCCCUGAUGAGUCAGCUCAACAACUGGAACUUCCCAAUUUUCAGUCUAGUUGAAAAGACUCACGGCAAGACGGGCUGCAUCCUCAGUCAGGUUUCCUAUUGGCUCUUUGAGGACACGGGUCUGUUCGGAACCUUCAGGAUUCCCAUUAAAGAGUUCAUGAACUACUUCCAUGCUUUGGAGAACGGAUACAGGGAUAUACCUUAUCACAACCGAAUCCAUGCUACUGACGUGCUGCAUGCUGUGUGGUACCUCACCACUCAGCCUGUGCCGGGCUUACCCACCCUGCCGACUCAGAACGGAAUACACUCUGACUCCGUGAACAGCGUUACACCUGGUAUUACGGGGUUACUGGUGUCCAAACUGAGCUCUGUACUGGAGGAUGGGUAUGGUUCCCUCUCUGGUCUCAUUCCCGCCCUGGAGCUCAUGGCCCUAUACGUAGCUGCUGCCAUGCACGACUAUGACCACCCUGGAAGAACAAAUGCCUUUCUUGUGGCUACAAGCGCACCACAGGCUCUUCUAUACAACGACAGAUCCGUUUUGGAAAAUCAUCACGCAGCCGCAGCCUGGAACCUCUUCAUGUCCCAACCUGAAUUUAACUUCCUAGUUAAUCUUGAACAUGUAGAGUUCAAGCGGUUCCGCUUCCUUGUCAUUGAAGCCAUUUUGGCCACUGACCUAAAAAAGCACUUUGACUUCCUCACAGAAUUCAAUGCAAAGGUGGGUGACGACGGAGUAUCGGGAAUUGAUUGGAGCAAUGAGAACGACCGAUUGUUGGUGUGUCAGAUGUGCAUCAAGCUAGCCGAUGUCAACGGGCCACUUAAGUGUAAAGACCUGCAUCUGCAGUGGACAGAAGGGAUUGUCAAUGAGUUCUAUGAACAAGGUGAUGAAGAAGCAGCCAUGGGCCUUCCCAUCAGUCCAUUCAUGGACCGGUCUGCCCCGCAGCUCGCCAAACUGCAGGAAUCCUUCAUCACACACAUAGUGGGCCCACUGUGCUCCUCCUACGACUCUGCUGCUCUCAUGCCGGGGCGCUGGGUGGACCCGUCUGAUGGGGAAUUGGACCCAGAGACGGGAAAGGAGGAACAAGACACAGAAGAGGAGGAGGACAUCGCAGAUGAAGACACCUCCAUAGAGCUGCAAGAAACCAAAAAAAUGCACAGAAGAAAUGUGUUUUGCCAGAUCACGCAGCAUAUUUUGGAAAACCAUGAAAUGUGGAAGCGUGUGAUUGCAGCAGAAGCCUCUGAGGAGACCAAGGAGGCAAAGCCCAACUGCUUAGGCAACCCCAGUGAUCCCAUCACAGCGAUCCGCGAGGAGGAGGAGGAGCAAGUGAGCAAAGAGCAAGAGGAGGAGCUAGCGGACGACCUUGAUGAAAUGGAGCAGGUUUCAGCUUUAGAGGAAGAGGAAAUCCUUCCACAAUCAGAGACUUCAGGAGAAAAAGAGGAAGAUCCCAAAAGAGAUUAUGAACUUGAACCUCUUUUUAAACCAGGAAUCUGACCAUUUUGUUUCUUAACUGAACUCUUUCUAUGGUAGCCAGCACAUCACUUUGACACAACACUGUAGACGAUGUUUUGGGUAAAACGUGCCUAAAUAAAACAGGGUUAAGGACUGCGAUGAACACAUAAACCGGUACAUCUGACGAGGAGGGAGAUGAGCAAAGAGGAAGCAACGGAAGAAGAAACAAUAAUAAACUUUAAAUAUGGACUGAAUUUGUUUUCAGUUUAGUUUUUUACUCUGGAUCUGGUGAGCUGCCCUAACCCAGACCAAACACACGGAUCCACUCCUCCUGCAGAGUUCCACACUGUCAACCCAUUUGGAUGGAGACAUGCAGCAACCCUUUUCAUCAGGAAAACGGGAUGAAAAUCAGGGAACGCUGUGAGGGAGGAGUUGGUGGUUGUGCGUUGGGUACACUAACACAACACAGAUUCACCCAUGAACUCACUCUCAUGAUGCAGAAAAACACAUUCCACACACACAAAAUAUUUAACCAAGAGGUCUGUUGCUCAGAAAGCUUUACUUUUGCCUUUUCUCCCAGGUCUUUCUCUCACUCUCUCUACAGCACACCUACACGCUUCAAGGCCGCUCAACUCAGGAAGGCAGAAACACAAAGGACUUCCAGUGUCCUUCCAUCUAGCAGAUUUUUAUCCUCAUUUGCUUUCUGAGACAUUUUUAGAAAAGAAUGGGUGCUUUUGUAGAAUGUUACAGGAGUCUGUGAGGGAUCAAAUGCAGAAUCUUUGGGAAACAUUAAUCGGACAGGGUAGGGAUCAAUCUUUAUUACCCUACAUAGCUUAAUGACAUCCAGGUGGCGCUGUUUGUCCACAGAACUGUGUGUAGAGUCCCAGUUAAGGAUUUUAUUAAAUUCACAAAAGCAAAAGAGGAAAAUGAGGAAACAAUGAGGUCAUCUUUUAAGAAAAGCAGAAUAUGGGAGGAGUAUCAAAAACUGUUUAAUGAUGGUGUAGCAGGGGCUGAGUUGUAGCAAACAAAACAAAAUUCAUAAUUAGUGAAAGCACUUUAUGCAAAUGAGAAGCUGAUACUGUCAGUCUGCAGGAAGUAAAGCUGGACAGGUUGUGUUACUGGUCCUUUACUCGAGCUUUAAUGCAUCUUUUCUUACAGCUGAAGGAACAUGUCUUGCUUAGAGAAGCUGCAAGAGUUGAGCUGAUGGAUGUAAGAGAUAAAUGUCUGAACUGCCCUUCUGUCUUUCUGCUUUAAACCUUAAGCAGACAUGGAGUUUGAGCAGCUGCAGAUCCCCGACAGACGAGCUGAAGAGCAGGAUGGGACUAAAUGAUGACAGUUAUUGAUAGUUGGUAUGGUUUGGUGAGUUUCUGGGUUAUAACUGAUCACUUACAAAACCCAGCAAGCCAAAAACUUAAGUUUCCUUUAAACAAAACACCUUUUCCUAAUUUGGAUGGAAACAAACAAUCCGAUCAAUUAAACAAGCCUAUUUGCGUAUUAUUAUGUUUGGCAGGACUUGCUCUUUUGUAGUGCAGUUUCUUUACUGAGAAUGUGCUAAUACUGCUCAAAUUGUGAAGAAAGCCUUGGCUGCAUCAGUUGCACUGUUAUCAAAAUGCCCAUUGUGCACAAGAGGGCUAAAGUGUGCAGCAUAAUACCCUUGACUGCCUGUUGUCUUUGCUCUCUCACUCUUUGCUCAAGAGCUUGUGUGUAAUUCUGUGAAUCAGAAAGCCCAGCUGGAUCAGAAUUCCAGAUUAUUAUUCAUGUUUUAGUUUAAAGACUUAGAUGUGUGAUGAAUGUUCGCUCACUCGGCCUUCAGAGAAAGACCUGCUUUUGAAAAGCUUAGCACCAUUUUUUAUGUUAAAACUACUUAAUAGGAAGUAAAGUUAUAAGUAUUAAAUCUCUACAGAAAAAUGGUGCAAAGCUCCAUCAGGGUCAGAAGUGAGUUUCUCCCUUGAGUAGAGGAGUUUAGGAAUCGUGAUGUCUUUUUUAUGAGUGAUGGCAGAAGGAAACAACAGAUUGACAAAUUGAGGGCAGGAGAUUCAGCUGAACAAUCAGUCAAUUUAAGUUUGAAAUGAUUCUGAAAGUGUGCAAUCUAGAUCUCUCUCCUGGUUGGCUCCCGUUGGAGACUUUCCAGGCACAUCCCUCCAGGAGGAGAGACCUCAGGGCCAUCCCUGGUAUAGGAACACCUUGGGACAUAGUCGUCUGAUUUUCCACCCAGAUUUGGAUAAGGGACAGAAGAUGGAUGGAUGGAUGGAUGGAUGGAUGGAUGGAUGGAUGGAUGGAUGGUAAUUUACUCCAAGAUUAACAGUAUAUCAUAAAAAGGACAGAAUGGUCUAAUUCUUUUUAAAAGUUGGAUUUAAGAUCUCGUUGUAGCAUUUUUCUUCCACUGAUUUCUUGAUGCAAUUCAUUAAAGGCCAAGUUCACUGAGAAACCAUUUCUACUUAUUAUUUUUUUCAAUAUAAUCGCUCACUCUUGAGUUUAACAAUCAGGCUGAACGUGAAAAUAGUGUCCUACCCCUAUUUCCUGUGUUAAUCGACAAUAGAAAACAAACAAGAAAACACCCGGAUUACAAAAGCUAGUUACAAUUGCACGUCCAUUAUGCCAAAUUAGCAUGGACUCACCCAUCAUGGCUCACAACAGGAAAGGAUGUUUAUUUUAGUGUCCAGGAGAGAGCAGAGCACACCUUGGCUAGUAGAAGCUAACUGUUAGCAUUAGCAAUUCCUUCAGUCUUGUGUUAAUUUUGGAAAGUAAACCAAUUAAGUUUGCUCCUCCUACAUUUGCUUCUCAUACAGUUAAAAUGUUAUUUUUUUAACUAACUACUGAUUUACCGUAAUUUCCGGACUAUAGAGUGCACCUCAAUAUAAGCCGCACCGGGCUAAAAGCCGCAGAUAUAUACUGAAUUGAAAACGUAGUUUAACUGAACGUAACUGAACUGAUCAGUAUCAAACAAGACAGAAAAGUUAUUGAUUAGUUUAUUCAUCGUACUCCUGCACACUGAAACCACUGAAGUCAUCAUCUUCUUCAGUGUCGGAGUUGAACAGCCUCAGAAGAGCUUCGUCACAUACCUUUUCUGUGGUGAUCUCAGUGUCGCUCUCUGUGUUGCUGUCAUCAUCCCGGGGUGAAGCUGGGAAAACAAGCAGCGCCGUUUUACUGUGAAAAAAAAUCAUCCUGGGCGCUUUCCGUAGCACUCCUUUAACCAUUCCUGCAUUAGACUUUCCAGCAUCCAUCCUUUCUGGUUGACUAAAGCCGCACCUCAUUAUAAGCCGCAUGGUUCAAAGCGUGGGGAAAAGUAGCGGCUUAUAGUCCGGAAAAUAUGGUACUUUGAUUGUGGUAAUUUUUUUCUGAUUUCAUCUACAUUUGAUGCAUACUAAUCCAAAACAUUUCAGUUGUCAAAACAUGUUUCUGCCUUUCCUCCAUUAUUCUAGCCUCCUAAAUUCACUUUAGUAAUCAAAGAGACGUAAAUGAACCCAGGCUGGUGUAGAUGUAUGAGUUGCUAUAUAUGUUCCAAACAUUAAAGCAUGUUGUAAACCAGGCAAAAGCAUGACGGUUGGUUCAUAUGUGUGUGUAUAAUAGCAGCCAUGUGGAUAGUGCCUCUGUUUGGAGCUCUGUUUGUGCAAGUCCUUAGAAAUCAACAACGCAAGCAUUUUCAUUCAGAAAAAAGCAAUAUGUGAGUGUAGAAUAGAGAGAACUGUGACUGCAUGUGAUGAAACCACAAGGUCAGCCAUGGUAACAUUUGAGUCUGCAGGUAUCCUCAACACUGUGCAUGACAAAAGUAUUUACAAGAGCUGUGUAGGGUUUUAGAAGGCACCUAUGUUAUGCCUGCUUUCAUUUUAAAGAAACUUUAAUUUCUCUUAUGUGGCCAUUUAGUGGAGUCCAGCAGCCACAUCAACCAUGCAGCAACAUCUUAAAUGAUACGUGUAUUUAUAAUGUUAUCAUUUUUAAUCAUAUUUAGGAGGGUUCAAAAAUCUGGAGAUGUGUCUUUGCUGUACCCAUAUUUUAUUCCCAGACUAUGAGCUUUAGUUGACAACAAAAAUAACAGACUUACAUAAUGGAACCAAAUACAAGGUGAAUAAAGACUUGUCUUAAAUACAGCUGCCUUUUCGAAGAAAACAAACAAACAAAAACUAUGUGAAGUACAAUGCAUAAAGUAAUUGACUUGUCUUAAGUAAACUAUAAAGCAUGGGCAUGACCCAUAAGUCAUAGACAACUUCUCAUCAAGGACUACGUUAUUGACACUUGUGGGGAAGCAGAUCUUCAUUAGAUAAUUCAUUAUUUGCAUAAACAAAAAAUAAAUGUUUUUUCUUACGGUUAAAUUAGUAAAAUAUUAUUAUUUUAUCCUGUGAACAAUUAAGAUAAUUUAAUUUUUUAACAAGAUUCCAACUUUAAAAAAAUCAGCACCUUCAGUCAUAACAUUAAAACCACUUCUUGUUGGAAAAUCUCCAUUCUGCCAUUCACACUGAUGCCAUCUCCUUCCUAAACAAUUACAACCCCUGCAGAAGUGGCAGAAAAAAAUGUUAAUCCAACAGACAAACUAAUCAAAACACCAAUCUGGUGAUAAUGAUCAGUAUGCAUCUGUGGAAGCCAACGAUCCACCUGGUCCCAAAGACUCAAUUCCAACAUCCUCGUGCCGGAUACUCCAAAUAGCCCCGGAACUGUUUGAGCUGUUUUAGCUGCAAAAACAAAACACUGAAAUUUGGGCGGGUGGUCAUAAUGUUAUGGCUGGCCCAUGGAAUAUGUCAACAAUAAAAAUGAAAGGGUUUUCUGCCCAUCUUUAUGCGAUUUUAGGAUUUCUGUUACAGAAAAGCAUGCAAAGCUGUUAUUACAAAGUAUAGUUAAGCAUAAAAGUUCAUGAAACUUAACCAGGUUGAGAUUUGUAUGACUGGAAGGUUAAAACUUGCCUCUGACUGCCGUGUUUCAUUUAGAAACAUCCAUAAAUGCAAGAAUCACCUGAUUUUGGUCUCUAGACCAUGUUUUUGUUUUGUGCCUGGCACACUUUCUCUCUUGGGUGUCACAUUUUAUAAAUAAAAGGCCCAGAAAAACUAUAAUUUCAUUUACCCAAAGCAAGAAUAAAUGCAUUUCCUUAAAGACAGAAAAAGUUAGCUGCUGACUGGAAUUAUUUGUGCAAACCAAAACAAUGUUUUAUUUAGUUUUCCACUUUUGGUGAUUUGCACAAAACAAGCCCUAAACAAAAGCAUCUUCUAAAUGUCACUUUAAAAAAAAAUCUUUGACAAUGUUAUUUAGAACUGGGUGAGGAUAUAUGCAUGUGUUAUGAUCUCAUGUGACAGCAGACAUUUUAAAGAAAAUCCAGAAUUCUCAGCAGUUAUCUAAAGGACCAGAGCUCGCAGUGUUGUCUGCAUCUUUACUGGGAUUUUUUCACUGCCGUAGCGCGACGACGUAGCUCACCAGCCCUUCUGUUCUCAGCCUGAAGCCACCGCAAACCAAAAACACGUCUGCUUUUACCACCGUUUCUUGUUUCAGUUCAUUUACAAAGAGGGACAUGCUCCUGUGUCAAACCAAAGCUUUUCACGUGUGCACACUGAAAGCUUUUUCUCGUUUGUCACAAAGAAAACCAAAACAACAUUGUAUUUUUUUCCUUCCACCAUCUUUAACUGUAGACAAACAAGGCUGGUGUGUUUUCAUCUCCACCUGCAGGCUCAAUUCUUGACUUUCUCUCCAGUAUUUUGCACUUAACAAAUGUAGCAAUACCUACAGGAUGGAGGGAGACUUGUGUGGUUCACCAGUAUUUAAGUGAAAAAAUGACAUUUUAUUUCAGUAUCUUGUUUGGUUUUGUAUAAAAUAUACACUGUACAGAUUCAAAAAUAUAUUAAGACUAAUGUCUUUAAAAAAAGUAUUUAUUUUUACUGUUUUGUAAUUAAGACACAAUACUGUAGCUCCUCGAUUGCCAGACUUACUGGAAGUGCCUCUCAACAAUGUACAACAAAGUAACUAUACAAUAUACUGGGAUUAUUAGAACCCGUCACUAGCAAAGCAUUGAUGUUGUAUUGUGACUACUGUUGAAUAAUAAGAUUUAUUAAUGCUGCA